AUGAGGCUGGCCUUCUGGCCACCCUUGUCAUGUCUACUGGUGCUCACAUUCACCAUUAUACUGUCUCACUCCAUUUCACAUAGGCAUCUAGUUGUACCAUUUUACCUAUCCCCACUGAGCGGGAAAAUUGAGGGGCAAAGAAAUGGUCCCCGAUUCUAUAACUUCUCCGAUGCGAGUUUAAAUGUGAUAAUGUUAUCACAAGAGUAUGCUAAAUUGGAUGGUGCGAAACUUGUGUAUCCAAACCACCUAUUGAAUGGGUUAAGGAGUCUUAAGGAUCCAAAAUUAUCCCCUCUGUUAAAUGACUUGGAGAUUCCAAAGGUUGAGCCCAUAGAAUCUCUCCCAGAAAGUAACGAUACAAUCAAUUUCAGUAAAGGUUCGAAAGAAUGUAUAAACUAUUCUUAUAAUGAAUCUAAAAGGCUUGGUCAUACAACGAUAGAACCUGCACAUAUAUUGCUAGGUGUCAUUGCCUAUGCCACAACCGCAGCUGAUGAUGGUGAUGAAGGUUUUAAGCAAAUUUUUAAAAUGUCCAAUAAGAAUCUAAACGAACUAGUUGCUAAAGUUUGUAGAAUUCUGUGCGAUUACACCCGCAUACUGGAACCCAUAGAGAUCGUACAGCCAAGCUAUACUACACCUGCUAAUAUUCCAGGGCUAGAUACAAAUCCUAUAUCAUUAAGCGACUUCUCAAAAGAUUUGACUGAACAAGCAAAAUUGGGCAAAUUAACUCCCAUUGUGGGCAGAACUAGUGAGUUGGAUUCUGUUGUUAGAAUUCUAAGUAAAAAAACAAAAUGCUGUCCUAUCUUAAUUGGAGAUCCAGGUGUAGGGAAGACAGCUGUAGUGGAGGCAUUGGCCCAGAAAAUAAUAAAUUCAGAUCCAUCAUUGCCUAAGGAAUUCUUACACAAAAAGGUUAUAAUGCUAGACAUUGGGUUGGUGGUUUCGGGCACUAAAUUUCGAGGACAAUUCGAGGAACGAUUAAAUAGGAUUAUUGAUGAGGUCAGAGAAAGGGAUGAUGUCAUAUUGGUGCUAGACGAAGUUCAUAUGCUAAUUGGCGCUGGAGGUGGAGAAGGAGGACUUGAUGCAGCUAAUAUUCUUAAACCCGUACUAUCUCGCGGAGAAAUUCAAUGCAUAGGCAUUACCACCUUUGCAGAGUACCAAACGCACUUUGAGAAAGACUUAGCCCUCAGUAGGAGAUUCCAUCCAGUUUAUCUAAGGGAACCGGAUGAGAAGGAAUGCAUUGAUAUUUUGAAAGGGAUUGCGAAACACUAUGAGCAAUUUCACAAUGUGCAAUACACAGAUGAGGCGAUUCAAUCUGCAGUAAAACUUUCAGGACAAUGUGCGAGCAAUAGACAUUUACCGGAUAGGGCUAUUGACAUCCUUGACGAAUCUGGCUCUUUGGUUAAAAUCAAACGUUCUGGUGCUGAGGAUGAUCAAUUGGCAGCUAUAGUUACCAAGGAUGACAUAAAGGAAAUCGUUAAAUUGUGGACUGGGACUAGUGGUAUUAAUGACGUGGAAGAGAUAUCAAAUAUGUUGAAAGGGGAUGUUAUUGGACAGGAUGAGGCGGUGGAAUCGUUAUGUCAGGCUAUUGUUAGGUCCAAGUCGGGUGUUCGAGACCCAAAAAGGACAAUUGGAAAUUUCCUAUUUUGUGGUCCCAGUGGCGUAGGUAAAACACAAAUGGCAAAAGCACUGGCCAAAUAUUACUUUUCAGGCAAUGAAAAGAUAAUUCAUCUUGAUAUGUCAGAAUAUAUGGAACCGCAUAGCAUUAGUAGGAUGAUAGGAAGCCCUCCUGGGUACAAAGGCCAUGAUGCUGGUGGGCAACUUUGCACGAGGGUACGCAAAAGCCCUAACUCUGUUAUAAUGUUUGAUGAGAUAGAAAAGGCACAUCCGGAUGUAUUGAACAUUUUGCUUCAGAUUUUAGAUGAAGGCAGACUAACUGAUGCAAAGGGCAAUGUAACAUCAUUCACUAGCACUAUAAUUGUUUUGACGAGUAAUGUCGGUUCUGGGUUGAUCUUAAAUGAGAAUGCCUUUGGUUUCAAUACUAGCGGACUCAAGCUCGAAAAAUCCAAGGUCAGAUUACUGGUAGAGGAGGAAUUGAAACGCUUCUAUAGACCUGAACUGCUAAAUCGCAUAGAUAAAGUGGUUAUAUUCGACAAACUAUCACAUGAAAGCCUUAGGGAAAUCAUAAAACUUCAUGCAAACAAGGUUCUAGAUAGGGUCACUGAAAUGGGUUACAAAGUUCGUGUAGGAGACUCAAUGCUAGAGCAUAUACUUAAACAGCCUACAGAAGCUGUCUACGGGGCACGUUCUGUUUUGCGCCAUUUGACUAAAUUCGUGGAAGAUCCGCUGUCCAAUGCAAUCAUCGCCAAGCAGCUAAGGUCAGAUGUAGAUUAUACGAUAGAAAUUGUAGAUGGAAAUAGUAAGAUUGUGGAAGUAUCACCUGUUAUAACUGGUGAUACUUGA